AAUUGACAGUGACAGAAAAAUAUAACCUAGAAUUUUAUUCCAAAUUUUUCUAAAAUAAUCAUAAUGUAUUUUUACUAAAAAAAUAGAUGCAAUAACUGGUCGAAUAUGGCCGAUAAAGCUGAAAAGGACCAAGAAAAACCACCAGAAAUUGUCUCUGACCAAGAAAAAGAUUUAGCCCAAAAUGCCUUAGCGGAAUUCAAGAAAAAGAAUUAUGCUGCUUGCCUCCAGUGUAUUAAUAAGUUAGAAAAUCGUUCGAAUGAUCUGCGAGUAGCUCAUAAUAAAGCAGUGGCAGAAUUUUUCAAAAGCGAUUGUAAAAAGACUGAACAGUUUCAGAAAAACCUUACAGCAAUUUGUAAUCAGUUUUUGGUGCGAGCUGAAAAACUUGAUGAUGUGGAACAUAGUAUCAUCCAGUUUAACCAGGCUGUUAUUUUAUAUCACCAAAAACAGUAUACUGCAGCCCAAAGAAUCAUGGAUAGGGUGUGCAAAUUCAUUGAACCUAUGGAGGAGUCUCUUGCAAAACAAGUGAGCCUUUUGGCUAUAGAACUGCAGUUAUGCUUCAGAGAGCCAGAGAAAGCAUUGACGCUCAUAAAUUACUUAGAAAAUAACUUGAUGUAUGGUGGAAGCAUUCCCCUAAAAAGCUUUGAUAAGGCAGGAAAAGAAAAAAAGGUACAACUUCCUCCUCCAAAACCAUUAUCAGAAGAAUUUGAAAAAAAACUAUUGAGGUACAAACUAAGGUGCUAUAUAAUCAACCAUUCUUUAAAUACAGCCUUUAAAGAAGUGCAAGUUUUAAUGAAGGAUAAGUCUAAUAUAGAUGCCUUAUUUUUGGCUGCAAAUAUAGAAUAUUUGAAAGGCAAUGUCAGGGAAUCUAUGAAAAUUCUAUCCUCAAUUCCUAAUGAUGCAUUACGGUUCAGGUAAAAUCAUUCACAAAAUUUAAUUUCAAAAUAUAUCGUUCACUUUUUAGCGACUGUGGAGAGUCCUCCACUAUUAUGUUCUACAAUAACAUGGGUGUCAUACACCAUGCUAUUGGAAAACCUAACUUAGCCUGUCACUAUUUUCAAAUGGCUUUAAAGGAAGAUAUAAAUCUAUGUCAGAGUAAUUCAAAAAAAGGGAAUGAGGAAAAGCCAUUACAUAUGUUGGGCGGCUCAAGGUAUCAUGAAUUGAUGUACAACUUAGGUAUUUCCUUGUUACAUGCUCAUAAGCCUGUUCAAGCAUUUGACUGUUUAAUUGUUGCUGUCAGAAGGUAUCAUAGAAACUCUCGAUUAUGGAUGAGAAUAGCUGAAUGCUGUAUCAUGGUUCAUAAGGAGUCAAAUGAAGUAGAUUUUGAAAAACAGAAGAAUUUAAUAGUUGAUAUAGUUGGUACUAAGGAUAAGCAGAAGGUUAUACUCACUACUAAUUUGUCAAGUGAUAAAAAAUAUAGCAGCGAAAGCCAAUCGUACGCCGUCCCCGUGCCCUCUCUGGAAUUCGCCUCGUUGUGCCUGCGCAACGCCCUCCUAUUGGUCCCUCCCUCCUCGGACUCUGCCUCCACUCCGGACCCUCUCUUCCUCAUCCCCGGAGUCACGCCUCCCGCCCCACCACCACCGCCUAGCGCCUCCCCCUCUAAUCCGUUGGACGGUCGAGAGGUGACGCAACUGCGCAACGCGAUCCUGAUCGCCGCGGCGUACGUGUCGCUGUGCUUGGGCGAUUACGUGAUCGCUUUGGAGCAUGCACAGGAGGUGUUGGAUGGCGAGAGCGCGUCGGAUGUGCACAGGCUAUUAGCGCAUUUAUAUGCCGCGGAAGCUUUGAUAUUAAUGGACAAAAUAACAGACGCAAUUGAACAUUUGAAUCCAGAAAACAUUAAAAGCUUGUCAUUUGAUCUGCCAUCUACUCUUGACAAAUCGGAAAAAGUUCAACUCAGAACUAACCCACCACCAAAGUGGUUUCCGAACAAUCUGACAUCAGCGCACGUAGUUAUGCAAUACAACAUGGCCGUGGCAAAGACAAUACGUGGUCAGUUGGACCAAGCUUCUGCUAUUUUGAAGCAGAUCUGGCAACAAAGGAGCUCCGUGUGUAGAGUACCUUCGCAUAUUGUGAUGCUAUUCAUUUAUAUUGAACUACAAUUGGGGCAUACGGACGUAGCUAAAAAUCUAAUACGACAGUACUCUGUGCAGCAACAGCGACUAACUAGUUGACAAACACUGAGUUGUGGCAUCUGUCAAAAUAACCACAAAAUGUCACAAACGUGGAUCGUGUGAACAAGAAUCGAACGUACUAAUGACGAUUUUUCGAUAUAAAAUGUAAUUUUAUAUAUGAUUUUCAGAUUAUUGAUUUCGGGCGUUUGAUUAAAUAUGUUAUAGUUUGACAUUGAAUAAAACUCGUAUGCUAGGUGUGUCAAUAUGGUUUAAAUCACCGUUUCCCAAGUUGUGGUCUGAGGAUCGCACAAUAAUAAAUAAAUGUCAAAAAGUCUCGUAAUUGCUACUGUUGCCUUUUUAACAUGGUGAACGUGUUGGAAAUAUUCCCCCCUCCCUCCAUUCUUCACUUAGCAAUCCGCGGCACUCACCCCAAGACUGAAGUUUCACGAGGAGUUCUUCAAAAUUGUGGUUGAUUUGCUAUCUGCCCGCAGUUAAAAAAAGGUUGGGAAACGCUGGUUUAGAUGACAGAAAUGUUAAUGAUAUCAUGAUUUGAAUUAAUUUUAAAUAUUGGGUGCAUUUCUUGACAACUUAGGGCCAUCUACACUCUUAAGGUUUAUCAUGAAAAUGAUAUAGUAUUUAUAGGAAAAAUCAAUUGAAAUGAGUAUAAUAUUUUAUUCAACGCCCCUGUAUGAUAAAUACUUUCAAACUUUAUUCAUUAUAAAAUCGGGGUUGAAUAAGGUAUGUUUUGUCUUUAUACUGUAAUUUAUUUGUGUAUGAUAUUAAUUACAUGUUAUGGUUGUUGAAAAAUAAAACAUCAUCGUAAAAAUA